AUGCAGUCCAUCAAGCGCACCCUUCUCCUCCUUGGAGCCCUGCUGCCGGCAGCUCUCGCUGCUCCGGCCAGGGAACCUCACCCCUCUUCCAACAUCAUCCCUGGAAAGUACAUCAUCACUUUCAAGUCCGGCAUUGACACCGCCGCGAUUGAGUCUCACACCGCCUGGGCAUCCAACAUUCACAAGCGUAACCUGGAGCGUCGCGGCCUCGUUGGCGGGGAGUUCCCUGCUGGCAUCGAGAGGAAGUUCAAGAUUAAGGACUUCGCCGCCUAUGCUGGCUCCUUCGAUCCGGCUACCAUCGAGGAAAUCCGCAACAGCGAAGAUGUUGCUCAUGUCGAGGAAGACCAGAUCUGGUACCUUGAUGCUUUGACCACGCAGUCCGGUGCCCCUUGGGGUCUCGGCAGCAUCUCUCACAAGGGACAGGCUAGCACCAACUAUGUCUAUGACACCAGCGCCGGUGCUGGCACCUAUGCUUACGUCGUUGACUCUGGCAUCAACGUUGACCACAUUGAGUUCCAGGGCCGCGCUACCAAGGCCUACAACGCCGUUGGCGGUGACCACGUCGAUACCCUUGGUCACGGAACCCAUGUUGCCGGUACCAUUGGCGGCAAGACCUAUGGUGUGGCUAAGCAGACCAACCUUCUGUCUGUCAAGGUCUUCGAGGGCAGAACCGGUAGUACCUCGGUCAUUCUGGAUGGCUUCAACUGGGCUGCCAACGACAUUGUGAGCAAGGGCCGCAAGGGCAAGGCUGCGAUCAACAUGAGUCUGGGUGGCGGUUACUCUUACGCCUUCAACAACGCUGUCGAGAGUGCCUAUGAGCAGGGUGUUCUCUCUGUUGUUGCCGCCGGUAACGAGGGUGUCGACGCUUCUAAUAGCAGCCCUGCUUCCGCUCCUAACGCUCUGACCGUCGGUGCGACCAACAAGAGCAAUGCCCGCGCCUCCUUUUCCAACUAUGGCAAGGUCUUGGACAUCUUCGCCCCUGGCCAGGAUAUCCUGUCCGCCUGGAUCGGCUCCACCACUGCUACCAACACCAUCUCCGGUACUUCCAUGGCUACUCCCCACGUUGUUGGCCUUGCCGUCUACCUCAUGGGGCUUGAGGGUGUCUCUGGUCCUGCUGCCGUGACUCAGCGUAUUCUCCAGCUGGCCACCUCUGGCGUCAUUUCCGAUGUUAAGGGAAGCCCCAACAAGCUCGCCUACAACGGUGCUGCUUAA